AUGCCGAGCGGAGACGUUCUCGUCGCGGCGCAGCCCGCAAUGUGCAGCAAGGAGGAAAUGCGGGUCUACCGUCGCUGGUUCGCAUUCGUCGACUCAGAUGGCGACGGGCGCAUCACGGGUCCGGACGCCGUUCCCUUCUUCAAGCGCUCCGGCCUCAUGCAGCACGAGCUCAAAGCGAUCUGGGCGGCUGCGGACGACCGUCGCCAGGGCUAUCUGGGCAUGGAGGAGUUCGUGGUGGCCAUGCGGCUGAUCGCCAAGCAGCAGCUGCUGUCACGCGGGGAGGACAUGCCCGCGCGCCAGCCGUGCUUCCCGGCGCUGAGGGGGCUGGACGAGGAGCUGGCGUCCGACGGCAUCCUCGCCUGCAUCGCCUCCAUUGAGUCCGACACGCAUGAGGAGCCAGACCCCUCUCUGGCCGCAUCCCUCAUGUCACUGUUCAAGCCCAAGACCAAGAAGCCUCUACCCCAGGGCGCCAUAACGUCGGUGGUGGAUGGGCUGAGGGGGCUGUAUGAGAGCAAGCUGCGCCCGCUGGAGGAGGCAUACCGCUUCCACGACUUCCACUCGCCCGCCCUCACGGGGAGCGACUUUGAGGCCAAGCCCAUGGUGAUGCUGCUGGGGCAGUACAGCACAGGCAAGACCACCUUCAUCCGCCAUCUGCUCAGCCGCCCCUACCCUGGCGCGCACAUUGGACCAGAGCCCACCACUGACCGCUUUGUCGUCGUCAUGAACGGCCCCGACGAUCGCAGCAUACCGGGCAACACGGUGGCAGUCAGUGCGGACAUGCCCUUCGCCGGUCUCACCCGCUUUGGCUCCGCCUUCCUCGAGAAGCUUGAAGUGGCGCAGCUGCCGCACCCCCUGCUGGACCACAUAUGUCUGGUGGACACGCCGGGCGUGCUGGCGGGGGAGAAGCAGCGCACCCAACGCAGCUACGACUUCACUGGUGUCACUGAGUGGUUCGCAUCAAAGUGCGACCUCAUCCUGCUGCUCUUCGACCCGCACAAGCUGGACGUGAGCGAUGAGUUCAAGCGCGUCAUCACGUCGCUGCACGGCAACCAGGAUAAGAUCCGACUGCUGCUCAACAAGGCCGACCAGGUCAACACGCAGCAGCUCAUGCGAGUGUACGGGGCGCUCAUGUGGUCCCUGGGGAAGGUCAUCAACACGCCUGAAGUCAUGCGCGUGUAUAUCGGAUCUUUCUCGGACACAGCUCCUGGCAAGAAGAAGCUUCCUGCAAAGAAGCUUCCUGGCAAGAAGAAGCUUCCUGCCCAGAAACCACGCAAGCAAGCGCUUCAGCUGCGGUCAGCAACGCAGCAGACGACCAUCAGAGGCGAGUCAGCAGCAUGCAAGGAGGCGAAGGAGACAAAGGAUAUCCCAGACAAGGAAAAGGAGGAGACGGGAAUCAAGGAAGCAGAGAGUGAGAAGGAUGCGAGGAACGAGUGUGCAACAGUGGGAGAAGAGAGUGCGAACGGUGCAGGUCUUGAGAAGGGAAAUGGGGAGAGCGGAGAGGAGGUUGGAGAGAAGAGCAAAGAGGAGGGAAAAGAGGAGUGCGGCAAUGCAGCAAAGGGGCGCAGAAGAGCCGAGCUGGAAACCAGCCGAGACAAGGAGAACGUGGCGCCCAUGAGCCGUGGCGAGGUGAAGGCUGGAAUUGGAAGCGGGAAUUAUGAGCAGGCACAGAAUAAAAUCGAUGAGGAGGAAGUGGAAGAGGAGGAGGAAGAGGAGGAGGAAGAGGAGGAGGACGCGGAGGGGCGGCUGGGGCGCGCGCUGUUUGAGCGAGAGAUGAAUGACCUGCUGUGUGACCUGGGUGACCUUCCCCGGAAGAGCUGCGACCGCAAGAUCAACGAGUUUGUGAAGAGGGCUCGGGCAGCGAGGGUGAACGCGUUCAUCAUCUCCCACCUGCGCGCGCAGCUGCCCCUCUUUGGCCGCGCCAAGGCGCAGCAGCGCCUCAUUGAGAACCUGCCGCAGGAGUUUGAGAAGGUGGCUCGGGAGCAUCGCCUGGCAGAGGGCGACCUCCCACCAGUGGCGCUCUUUCAACGCGCACUAGCUGGGUGUGCGUUUGAGAGCUUUGAGCGUCUCAAUGUGAAGCUUGUGGAAGAGGUGGACAGGAUGCUCGCUUACGAUAUUCCCCAUCUCUUGAAUACGUUCAGAAACCCUUAUAUGUAA